AGUCGAAAAUGUAAACAAAUCGGAUUAUUGAAUAAAAUACAUAAGAAUAACUUCCUUUACACAUAAAAAAUACAAUAUCCCUCAAAACUUCACAAAAUUUGUACGGUAUUUAAUUAUUUGAUAAGGGCUCAAUUCGGUGUUGGUUUGUUGUUGUUUAUUAUUUCGUGUUAGUCUUCCACCACAAGAGGCCGAAUACGUAAAUAAACAUUAUCAUUAGGUCAACUGAGUUAGGGCUUUGUGUUUUGAGGACCUAUAUGGAAAAUGGAACGGCUGCUGUCAAAAAAGUGUUUUGCCUCGUGUUGUUAGCUCGCCGCCUCGCUCGCUGCCUUUUUUUGGAGAAAAAAUCAACGUAAAAUUUACAUUAAUGAUGGAUUUCGAUCUUUUUAGCAAUUUCGAUUUAUUGCUAGAAGCAGCUCAAAUGAUGCUGGACGCUUCUGUAGCGGAUGAGACCGAUGUGUCCAGCGUAAACCAGACAAGCGACAGCACACUGACGGCAACAGACAUUGACUUAACCCAUGCCUAUGCCGAUCAACGGAAGCCAUUCAAGAAUAUUACCAACAGUGACGUCAGCACUCUCAGUGCCAACAGCGAACGAUCAUCCGGCAAGCAACCGAGUCAGCGGCUCAACGUUACGCAGGAACCCCAGCUGAAACGUGAACGUUCUGGAGUGUCAGUUACAAGCCUCAACAGCAGCUGCCGAUCAAAUGGACGCGAUCCACCGUCGCUUAACGACGCCCAGGACUCUCAACUGAAGCGCACCAGUUUCGCCGUCAACAGCAGCCUCGAUACGUCAGCCCGAGGAGCAACGGAAGCGUUGCGUCAGCGGCUCAACCUUACGCAGGAACCCCAGCUGAAACGCGAACGUUCUGGAGUGUUGGUUACAAGCCUCAACAGCAGCGGCCGAUCAAAUGGACGCGGUCUACUGUCGCUUAACGCCACCCAGAACACUCAGCUGAAGCGUACACGUGCCGGAGUGUUGGUUACAAGUUUCAACAGUGGCCGGUCAAUCGAACAUGGCUCACCAUCGGCUUCGCUAAUCGGAAGCCCUGAAAAGUAUGCUGAAGCCGAAGACAUCGCGGCAAUCAGACCAAUACGGCGUAAGCUGUCUGCGCAUCAACUGGAAUUUACGACGAACACACAUAAGGAAGCUAAAGAAACAUCUAACAACCUGCCCGCUCCCAAACGUCUCCCUACGACGUCAUCCCCAAAUAGGCGUGAGUUUCCGGAUGAAGACCCUUUUGGGGACAUCACAGUGAUUAGCAGAAACAACUGUUUAUUCGAUGAUGCUGGUUUUGAAGACGCAGAGGACGAAGACGAAGGCAGCGAAGAACACCCGGAAGAAGCAGAAUAUGACGCCGAAGUAGAUGUGGAAAGUGAUGGAGAGGAGUCGACACCGUACGUGAUACACGUGAGCCUCGUAGAACAGUACUUUAUGCCGUACGCGAACCUAAGUCUCUUCGACGACCAUGACCCGCUGGAAACGAUCGACCCACUGCAAACGAGCGCAAGUACAUCUGAAAGUGUAAUCGUGCCCAAGAGAAAACUAAACGACAACCUCGGUGGACACGUUGACGCUGCAAAUGCCCAUAGCGCAGCACCUACGACGGCGCUGAACGUGCCAGCCGGAGAUUUCCGAGACUUGAACAUCGACGCGAUCCAAAAGAAACAAAAGAAAAAGACAACAAGCAACCGAGAUCUCCGAGCAAAGGGUUUGCCAUACCUCCGCCGGAACGGAACGAUGGCUCCGGCAAGACGACUUAAAACACCAUGCGAGUGCAAGAAACUUAAGUGCCACGAAACGUUUUCGGAUGAGAUGCGAGCGCUAUUUUUCAAGACUUUCCUAAAGUUAACUUCCUCUGCACAGAACCAGUUUCUGAGCAAUCAUGUGCUCAUUAAGCUCGUUGCGUACCACAAUGUUGUUAACUCUCGACGAACGUAUACAUACACCUAUCACCUGCCUGCCUGCGGAGGAAUGUUGCGCGUUUGCAAGAAAAUGUUUUUAUCAACAUUCGAUGUUAAAAGCAAGAAAAUGCGCUGUUUAAUGAACAAGAAGCGGUCCGAAUCCGGGAUAGUCGAGGACGACAAGCGGGCGCUCAACCAUAAUCGUUAUACUAUUCCCACGGACGAGGUGAAGUUUAUCAACGGACACAUCCUGUCGUUCCCCUCGUGCACCUCACAUUACGGCCGCGAGAAGUCGUCCAAACUGUUCCUGAGCAGCGACAUGUCGAUUGCAGCUAUGUACAGGCUGUAUGUUGCUGAAUGUACCAAACGAGAAACCCGCCCCGUCCAUUACAACUCCUACAAGGCGAUCUUCAAGACGUACAACCUCGCCUUCCGAACGCUCAAGGUCGACACGUGUGGUACAUGCGACUACCUGGCCGUUUCCAUAAAAGGAUGUCAGCAAGAACGCGAAAAACUGGAACUAGUCAGCAAGCAGACCGACCAUCACCAGCUGUCAAAAUUUGUGUUUGAUCAGAAAACCAUGGAUAUCAACCCAAGUAACCAUCCAGCACUUAAAACCGGUCACUGUUCGGCCCUUAAUGCGCUUUCAAAGCUGCAAGUAAAAGCUAAACAGUUUUUGCUUCAGCACUAACAGCUACUAUAGUGCUGAAUAAUGGCCGCUUUUGGACUUUACUCGGCUGGUUUAGUGCUGUCCUCGACUGUUUCUGCCCACCCCUGCGGUAAAUGUCAAAAAAAAAACAGCGAGAGGCAAAAGUAUAUCUAUCUCCCUCUCCCCCUCAAUUUCCCUGCACGCUCUCAAUUCUAUUUUUAGUUUGCCAGCUGCUUUAC